AUGACCGGCCUCCAUGACGAGCGCGCCACCAGCGAACCCCGGAGAUCCAAGCGGUCCAGGCCGGAGGCGAAGGCGGCGGAGCCUCCGGCACGCCGGGCCAGGCGCGCCGAGGGCCACGUUCCUCUGCGCAAGCGCGAGUCUCCGAGGUUUGCGCGACCACCCCGCCCCCUGGACUCGGACGCGGAGGGUGCGGUCGCGUCGCCUCCUCCUCCUCCUCCUCCAGCACGCCGCGCCGAGACCCCGGCUCCUCCGCCCAAGCGUCGAGCUGCGAGGGUUGCGCGACCAUCUUCGCACCAUAGGGAUUCGGAGGAUGUGACCAUGGCUCCUCCUCCCGCGCGCCGCGUGAAGGCCCCGGCUCCUCCGCCCAAGACUGAGUGGCAUCGCAUCUCGUACAGACUCCGCAACCGCGUCGUCCAGGAUACCAGCAACCUCAAGCCCGCCCCCAGUCGUUACGACAACCGGAUAGAAAUUAAACAUGAUCUAACAUGGCAAACUCCGACGUGUGCACGCGUGGCUUUGGAACACUACAACAACAUGAAUCAGGAGGACGAGCAUGAGAUGGUUAAAGCAGUGAGCAGUCAUGUCUUUGUCUUCAAUGGUAUCUGGUUCCAUGCAAAUUUCCUUGCUAAGCGAAAAGGAGCCACCACCUGCGUUGAUCUCGUCCCCAAGUACUUCUUUGCUGAGUUGGACAUCGUGGGGACGAAAAAACUAUCUUGUGUUUCAUGUGUUAAGCUUGACCCAGGUGAUCCCAAAAACAUUGGUGGUUGUAGCCUGUGCUAUGAGAAUAUCAUACAUCCUGCUGGCGGUGGAUACCACGGUGCCCAACCUCGAUCUGUUCGACAUGCUCCUGGUGGCCUACAGAUUUCAUUCAAGUUCUGA